AUGGCCAAAAAGAAGAAACGAUCCAAUCGCUUACUCCCCAGAUUAACAUCUAAUGAACAAGCAACAUCUCGUAACUCUUUCUCUAUACCAUCCUCAAUUAUCUAUAAUAUACUUUCUCAUCUCCCCCCUUUAUCUCCUUCUACACUUCCGACUCUCCGUUCUUGUUUACUUAUCAAUCACUCAUGGUGCGAAACCGCAUUGAGAACGUUCUGGGAACAACCAUUUUAUUACACUCAAAGCUAUAAAAUAGUUGAAAAAUAUUUAGAAUGGGUCGGCGACGAAGAAUGGGAAAGGUUGGCAACGAUAGGCCUGGUUAAGCCAAGGUUUCAGAAAGUGAAUAAUAGCCUCUCAAGAAAAAAGUGGAUUGAUUAUCCAUCACUGAUAAAACAUCUAGACUAUGUCGCAAUGUUAGAUGCUAGUCACAACUAUAUCGAUCGGUUUGUUUCCGUCGCGGAUGAAUCAUCUUCCAUUCCGUCUCCAGUAUCCGUUCUCAUGCAGUGUAUAUUUACACUAUUUCUAAACCAUGGUGUACGAUUAGAGAGUCUAUCGAUGGACACGCACUCUAGAGAUGUAUAUGACAUUGAGUUUGACAAUGAAUACAUGAUCCUGGCGGUUAGAGAAUACGACGAAUUGGUGGAGAAUCUGAAAAGGGUGGAGAUUAAGACUGGAUUUAAUAAAGAAAGAUUGUUCUUGUGGUUAGCACGGAAUUGUCGGGAGUUGACUCACGUAGACAUAAACAUGCUGCGUGUACGCACGUACGCUACGCAACAGAAUUGGGAUGAGAAUGCCUCUCUCUUCACCUUCCUCAAAUCUCAACAAUACAUUACUCACUUCCACCUCUCCAACUUUGACUCUGAUACAUCCGAAAUGGAUCUCAUAUCUCCUGCUAUUUCGGGUUUCUCCAACGAGCUCUCAUCUCUUGUUUUCACUGACGUCGAUUUCCGAGGCUGCGGUCCUUUGGACUCUAUAGCCGAGUGUGAUAAUCUUCGACGGCUGUGGUUCGAAAAUGUAGAUAAUUUGAGUGAAGAAAUGGUCGAUCCCAUUGUUUACAAGGAAUGGACGGGUUUAAAGGAUGUCGUGGCCUCGGGUGGUGUGUGCGGACGAAUUCUUGAAUGGAUCGAUGACCGUAAAACGAUUGGGGAAAAUAUGGGAUGUGGAGAAUUUGGGCAUGGUGAAGGGAAUUUGAGGAGUACAAACGAAAUCGGUACAAAAAACAAUCCUGUUAUAAAAAAGAUAUUACUUCCAUUCGCAUUAAGCGUUCUAUUGUUCUCUGCUGCUGAUUUCUUCAGUGUAGACCAAGAGAGUACUCAGUGUGUUAACGAUAUAGAGCAGGCAACGAUCCAUGAUAAUAAACGAUGCGCUGCUCAAGCAUUCUUCGAACUUAGCGGCGCGUACGCCGUUGCUCUGUGGGCAAGCAUAUUGAUCAUUAACCUUCACAUGUUAUCUGUUUGGAGAUCUGAUUUUGUAAUGAGGAAUAUAAAAUACUUUCACGUACCCGUUUGGAUAAUGGUUUUUCUCGCAGCCUUUCUUCCAAUGGUACUCAACGAAGUAGAUUCAGGAGGAUUUUGCUUUAUUUCUCAAAAGGCUAGCCCAAUAUUCUUCUACAUCCUCAGUUUCAUAUUUCCAGUAUGUCUUUUACAUUUGGUUACGUUAGCAUAUAUGGCAAAGGUCUCAAGCAGAGCGAACAGAGGGCAAAAAGAUGGGAGAAUGUCUUUCUCGGAAACGCAGGUGUUGUUUGUUCACAUCAAGCAUAUCAUAAGAGUGCAAUGGAGAGCGUUCAUGGGUGCGGCUUUUAUGCUGGUCGUAUACGUCACGGAUGUGUUCUACUUUAUCUUUAGAACUCGUGCAGUUGUCAUUACUCAAGAUAGCAAUUGGAUCCCAGAAUGGGCCGAAUGUCUGAGAGAAACAAACGGCGACCAAAAUUACUGCGCACCCUAUGCCAAGGUUCCAUCUUUCGUUCUCCAAGUUAUCGCACUCACUCUUAAUCGCAGUGUCGGAGUGGUCAUAUUUCUCAUAUUUGCGGCCAAAAAAAGUGUAUUCAAAGAAUGGAUCCAACUAUUAACAAGAAAGUCUGGAGAGAAUUCCAUAGUAAGACUUAGUUCCGUUUCAGAUGUACACGGAAGUAGGAAGUCUAGCAUAGCAAAGCGAAGCAGAAUCGAAGAUCCUGAGAGAGGGCAAUCAAAGGGGAUGAAGAAAUCACCAGAGUCGCCACCAUCAUCGAUCCCUGCUUCACCACCGUUAUCGAGCCCUACAUCUACACCGUCAAAUUUUGUUCUAUUCCCUCCGAAAUUAUAUUUACCUCCGCCCCCUCCUUUUGACCCACCUACUUCGUUAUCACCGAGACCGAGAAAGGCUUAUUCACCUGUUCAGUAUAUUGGCGACUCGAGUUUAAUAGCUUCGCAACCUUCUAUUAUGCAAGUGUCGGAUGUUACAUCAACGGAGGUCCAAUCUACUGACAUGCAAGUUAGUUCGCCUGCUCAGAAUGAUGACACCACAAGUUCAAAUGCUUCGCAACCUUCUAUUAGUCAAUUGUCGGAUGUUCCGUCCACAGAGGUCCAAUAUACUGAUAUACGAAUUAGUUCGCCUGCUCAGAAUGAUGACACCACAAGUUCAAAUGCUUCGCAACCUUCUAUUAGUCAAUUGUCGGAUGUUCCGUCCACAGAGGUCCAAUAUACUGAUAUACGAAUUAGUUCGCCUGCUCAGAAUGAUGACACCACAAGUUCAAAUGCUUCGCAACCUUCUAUUAGUCAAUUGUCGGAUGUUCCGUCCACAGAGGUCCAAUAUACUGAUAUACGAAUUAGUUCGCCUGCUCAGAAUGAUGACACCACAA